AUGCAGGGGCCGGAGCGCGUGCGCGGCGGGCGGCGUCAAGCUGGCGAGCUUGGUGGACACGGCCGUCGAGGUGGACUUCAGAAGGAUACCUUGCGCGUACAAGAGCAAAAACCUCGCGGUGAGGGUGGAGGAGACGAGCAACAGGGACAAGGGCCACCUCGCCCUCCGGUUCCUCUACCAGUCGAGGUGGCGAACGCGGCGGCACCUGAUGCCGCACAGAGCGUCGCCGCGCCGUCGCAGACGAAAUGGCAGUACAUGACGGGGCGCGAGGGGUCACCCGGGGUGUGGCGCACGUCGCACGCGCCGGCCGGCCCGCUGCGGCUCCGGCUCGUAGUCACCGCGGGGUCCGGCGGCAAGUGGCUGCUCUCUGACGGGGCGGUGCUCCCGGCGGAGUGGCAUGCUGGCGCGGUCUACGGCACUGGCAUGCGGGUCACUGAGGUCGCUGCAAACACCUGCGGCAGCGCCUCCUGCGGUGCCGGGGACGACAACCGCGACGAUGAUUAG